GAGUAAUACCAAAUGUAUCGAAUCAACAACUGUUACCCAAUUAAUUAAUAACAACAGAAAGCAGAAGCAAAAUGCUGACCCGCGUGUUCCGCCUGGUGCACGACAGGCGCCUGAGUGUGCCUGUCCUGCGUUCCUUCCACCACGAGUUCUCCAAGCCGCCACAACAGGCAGCAAAGGGCCAGGAAAUCGAAGGUAAUCCCGAAAAGACUUUGGUUGCCGGCGUGCAAGACAAGUACAAAAUAUUCCGUGAUGAGGAGGCCACGGAGAUUUUUGAUGUAGAAGAAGCGCGCCACCAGGAGCAGCAACUUCCAGAGCAGGAACUGGAGUUGGAUCACUAUUACGGGCUAAAUUUGAAGAGAGGCGUUCGCGGAGUGUUCGACGUUGAGUACUUGGUGGAGCUGCUCCGUAAGGAGAAUUUGGACGACAUAUUCGUCUGCUACAUGCCGGAGAACCUGAAGUAUGUUGACCACCUGGUAGUUUGCAGUGGUCGCAGCUACCGGCACAUGCUGUCCGCGGCGGAGUUCGUGCGCCGAAUGUUCAAGAUUAAGCGCGGCAAGGGUGACAUUUUGCCGCGCAUCGAGGGCGAUAAGAGCCGGGAUUGGAUGGCCAUGGACUUGGGCAACAUUGCCCUGCACAUAUUUUCACCGAGUGCUCGCGAGGAAUACGAUCUGGAGUCGCUGUGGGCCAUUGGCUCCGAAUUCGACCGCGAAAGCCAAAAGCCCCAUAAUCCGUAUGGCGAUAUUUUCAUGGCCCAAACCCCCCUUUCUUUUGUAGACUCGUCGAAACUAAAGACGUAAAAUAAUACAUUUCCCUAUAAAUAAAAACACGUGCGAGAUCACUUUCAGCAAGAUCUGGAAAAACACAAA